GUGCCGCUCGCCUCCCGGGGAGAAGGCGCCGCCGCCGCCGCCAUCUGACGCGCGGCGGCCACGAGGCCCAGCGCGCGGAUGGUGCGGGUGCCGCUCGGGUGUUGAUCCGCGUGUCCCCUCCCCCUCUCCCCCUCUCCCCCGCGGUGGUCUCCCCUUCCACCCCGGCCCUGGCCAGAGCCAUGUCUCGGGGCGGCUCCUGCCCACACCUGUUGUGGGACGUGAGGAAAAGGUCUCUUGGUCUGGAAGACCCGUCCCGGCUCCGGAGUCGCUACCUGGGAAGAAGAGAAUUUAUCCAAAGAUUAAAACUUGAAGCAACCCUAAAUGUGCAUGAUGGCUGUGUUAAUACAAUCUGUUGGAAUGACACAGGGGAAUAUAUUUUAUCUGGCUCAGAUGACACCAAGUUAGUAAUUAGUAAUCCUUACAGCAGAAAGGUUUUGACAACAAUUCGUUCGGGACAUCGAGCAAAUAUAUUUAGUGCAAAAUUCUUACCAUGUACAAAUGAUAAGCAGAUUAUAUCCUGCUCUGGAGAUGGAGUGAUAUUUUAUACUAAUGUUGAACAAGAUGUAGAAACUAACAGACAGUGUCAAUUUACGUGCCAUUAUGGAACUACCUAUGAGGUUAUGACUGUACCAAAUGACCCUUACACCUUUCUCUCAUGUGGGGAAGAUGGAACUGUUAGGUGGUUUGACACACGCAUUAAAACUAGCUGUACAAAAGAAGACUGCAAAGAUGAUAUUUUAAUUAACUGUCGACGUGCUGCCACAUCUGUGGCUAUUUGUCCACCAGUCCCAUAUUACCUUGCUGUUGGCUGUUCUGACAGCUCAGUUCGAAUAUAUGAUCGGCGCAUGCUUGGCACAAGAGCUACAGGGAAUUACGCAGGUCGGGGGACUACUGGAAUGGUUGCUCGCUUUAUCCCUUCUCAUCUUAAUAACAAGUCCUGCAGAGUGACAUCUCUGUGUUACAGUGAAGAUGGCCAAGAGAUUCUUGUUAGUUAUUCUUCAGAUUAUAUCUAUCUUUUUGACCCAAAAGAUGAUACAGCACGAGAACUUAAGACUCCUUCAGCAGAGGAGAGACAAGAAGAGUUACGACAGCCUCCAGUUAAGCGUUUGAGACUUCGUGGUGAUUGGUCAGAUACUGGCCCGAGAGCCAGGCCUGAAAGUGAACGAGAAAGAGAUGGAGAGCAAAGUCCCAAUGUGUCACUGAUGCAGAGAAUGUCUGACAUGCUGUCAAGAUGGUUUGAAGAAGCAAGUGAGGUUGCACAAAGCAAUAGAGGACGAGGAAGAUCUAGACCUAGAGGUGGAACAAAUCAGAUUGAUGUUUCAGCUCUUCCUACUGUACCUUCAAGUCCUGAUUUGGAAGUGGGUGAAACUGCAAUGGAUGUAGAUACUCCAGCUGAACAACUUCUUCAACCGUCUACAUCCUCUGCAAUGUCAGUUCAGCCUUAUUCAGUACCAUCUUCCAUGGAAAGCCCUCAUUCUACUUUGUUGUCUUCUCCAGACAGUGAACAAAGGCAGUCUGUUGAAGCAUCUGGACAGCAUACACAUCAUCAGUCUGAUUCUCCUCCUUCUGUGGUUAACAAACAGCUCGGAUCCAUGUCACUUGACGAGCAACAGGAUAACAAUAAUGAAAAGCAGAGUCCCAAACCAGGGACAGGUGAACCCGUUUUAAGUUUGCACUACAGCACAGAAGGAACAACUACAAGCACAAUAAAACUGAACUUUACAGAUGAAUGGAGCAGUACAGCCUCAUCUUCUAGAGGAAGUGGGAGCCAUUGCAAAUCUGAUGAUCAAGAAGAAUCUUUGAUGCCACAGCAUUCAGUCCAACCACCAGAAGGAGAUCAUGAAACAAGGGCUCCUGAAGACUCAUCAGAGGAUGUAAUAAAAUGUCAGGAAGGAACAUCUGCAGAAAACCUAGUUGAGAGCCAUACAGAUAUAGCACAAUUAGGUAACUUAACAGUUGAGCCAUUGAAUUCCAACUCAGGAGAAAAGAAUGACCUCAGUCUUGAUAGCCCAAGUGUGGUUCCAGAAGAAUCUACUUUUUCUGAGAAGAGCAAAGAACCAGAAACUUCAGAUCAGACUAUUAGUGAAAGUGCUACCAGUCAAACUAACACCAACCCAGAACCCCUGUCCCAAACAGAAGCCAUUGAGCCUUUAGCUCACGAAGAAACAUCACCCAGGGACUCUGCUCUGCAGGACACAGAUGACAGUGAUGAUGACCCUGUCCUGAUCCCAGGUGCAAGGUAUCGAACAGCACCUGGUGAUAGACGCUCUGCUGUUGCUCGCAUUCAGGAGUUCUUCAGGAGGAGAAAAGAAAGAAAAGAAAUGGAAGAACUGGAUACUUUGAACAUUAGAAGGCCAUUAGUAAAGAUGGUUUAUAAGGGCCAUCGCAACUCCAGGACAAUGAUAAAAGAAGCCAAUUUUUGGGGUGCUAACUUUGUAAUGAGUGGUUCUGACUGUGGCCAUAUUUUCAUCUGGGAUCGGCACACUGCUGAGCAUUUGAUGCUUCUGGAAGCUGAUAAUCAUGUGGUAAACUGUCUGCAGCCACACCCAUUUGACCCAAUUCUAGCUUCAUCUGGCAUUGAUUAUGACAUAAAGAUCUGGUCACCAUUAGAAGAAUCAAGGAUUUUUAACCGAAAACUUGCUGAUGAAGUUAUAACACGAAAUGAACUCAUGCUGGAAGAAACUAGAAACACUAUUACAGUUCCAGCUUCGUUCAUGUUGAGGAUGUUGGCAUCACUGAAUCACAUCCGAGCUGACCGAUUGGAGAGUGACAGAUCAGAAGGAUCUGGUCAGGAGAAUGAAAAUGAGGAUGAAGAAUAAUCAACUUUUUGGCAAGCACUUAGAUGUUCUGAAAUUUGUAUGAGACAUUUGUUAUAUUUUUUUCUUUACAGAACUUUAGUGCAAUUUUAAGGCUCUGGUUUCUUUGGAGCUUUUCCCUUUGGGGGAUGACUUACCAUUGGUUUGGAAUGACUGUGUGCAUGAAUUUGGGAGAGUGUGUAAACAAAACUAGCAAAAUGUUUUAAAAACUUUUUGUCAUGUAUGAGGAGUGCUAGAAAAGACAAAGUGCAAUAUUUUCCCUAACCUUCAGAUGUGGGAGCUUGGAUCAAUGUUGAAAAGUAAUUUUCAUUAUAGUGGAAAUGUUGGUUCAAAUAAAUUUCUACACUUGCCAUUUGCAUGUCUGUUGCUUUCUAAUUAAAGAUAUUUGUUGUU